CCAUUUCCAGUUGAGUAUUGAGUGCCGUGCAGGAAGGAGGAGGAGGGCCGCGUCUCCGUUGUAUGGCCUAAGGAAGCCGUCGCAGUGGUUUAACGUUACUCUAUUAGCUACACAAUGGCGGGACAGUCAAUUAACGACAGACUCACGGCGGCGAGGUACAGUCUAGCCGGCCAGGGCCUCGCCAAGUCCGUGUGUAAGGCCACCACCGAGGAAGUCAUCGGGCCAAAAAAGAAACACUUGGACUACCUCCUCCACUGCACGAACGAGCCCAACGUGUCCAUCCCCCAGCUGGCCAACCUGCUGAUCGAGAGGGCACAGAUGCAGUCCUGGGUCAUCGUCUUCAAGGCACUCAUCACCGUGCACCACCUCAUGUGUUACGGGAACGAGAGAUUCACACAGUACUUAGCGUCUAGCAACUGCAACUUUAAUCUGGGCGGCUUCUUGGACAAAACGGGAGUUGCAAGUCAUCCGCAGUUAAGUUAUGACAUGUCUACGUUUAUUCGUCGCUACGCCAAAUACAUCAACGAAAAGGCCAUCUCCUACCGCAGCGUGGCCUUCGACUUCUGCAAGGUCAAGAGGGGGAAGGAGGACGGCACCCUGCGCACGAUGCCGACGGACCAGCUGCUCAAGACCCUCCCCGUGCUGCAGGCUCAGGUGGACGCGCUGCUGGACUUCGACUGCACCGACAACGCGCUCACCAACGGGGUCAUCAAUUCGGCCUUCAUGCUGCUCUUCAGGGACCUCAUCCGCCUCUUUGCCUGCUACAACGAUGGCAUUAUCAACCUGCUCGAGAAGUACUUUGAGAUGAACAAGAAGCAGGCCCGUGAUGCGCUGGACUGCUACAAAAAGUUCUUGAUAAGGAUGGACAGAGUAGCGGAGUUCCUCAAGGUGGCUGAGAGUGUAGGCAUAAAGAAGGAUGAGAUUCCGGACCUAACCAAGGGCUCAGGGACAUCAGGGAGCCCAGCGCCCAGCAGUCUUCUGGAUGCCCUGGAGGCUCAUCUCGCUUCACUGGAGGGCAAGAAACCACCCACCUCCUCCUCCACCACUUCAAGUAAAGUGAACAUCCAGAGUGCCGUGUCAGCUCUCAAUUCGACCAGUGUCUCCUUUGGCACCGCAAGCAGCAAUGGCCGCCUCGGAGACACGCCCGGCACCGCCACCAACAACGGCACCGGGGUGGACGAGCUGACCAAGAGGGCUGCACUGGCCGAGGAGGAGGCCAUGUACGAGAAGCUCAAGGUGAAAGCCGAACACGACCACGCCAAGAAUAACCCCUUCCUGAGCUCCCCCACCAGCGAGACGGCCCCGGCCAUCCCCACCAACAACGGAGACCCCUCGCAGAUCAUCGACCUCUUCGGCGCAUCACAGACAGACACAGGAGCAGGAUCACUGGCAGGUAAAGCUUCCGAUGACCUCCUUCAGCUUGGCAAUCCCUUCGCUGACAUGCUGAGUGGGACGGCCGCCGCUCCCGCCCCCGCUGCAGCUGCCCCCGCCCAGCCAUACACCAAUGGUGUCUCUCAGAGUGUGUGUCAAACCUCCUCCACAGCCCCUGGUUUUGUUUCUGAUAAUGCCUUUGAUGCUGUAUUUGGCAACAGUAGCACGUCCCAGAGCACGGCUGCGACCAGUUCCUUCACAUGGCCAGCUGCCGGGCUGGACGAUCUUGCCGCCAGCUUCACCGCCCCAGCCGCCGAAGCCAACCCUUUCGCCGACUUUGGCAUGUCAGGGCCCGUCCCCGCUCCUUCCCUCCCCCCCCAGAGUGGUCUUGGGUCUAUCGGCACCUCCACCAUCACCACCACCACCACCACCACUACCACCACCACCACCACUACCACCUGUACCACCACCGACCUCCUGGCUGGUUUGGACUCGCUGGCAGGGGUUGGCAUUUCUGCCGCCCCCCCGCUCCCCAUUGUACCCCCAGCUCAGCCUGAAGCGUUUGAUGGGUUCGGCGACAUUCUGAAGCCCGAGGGUGGUGGCGGUGGCGGGGGAAGUGGUGUCAUUGGGGCGCCUGUCAUGCCUGCCGCGAUGGGUGCACCAACCACCACGUCUUCAGCCUCGCAGCCCGCCAAGCUGAUCAGCGGCGACCUGGACAUGUCUCUCUCCUCCCUCGUGGAUAACCUCAACAUCAAGGGGCCCUCGGCACAGAAAGGUCAGUGGAACUCCCCCAAGACUCAGAGCAAGACAGGCGGUGCCAGCUGGACCCCUGCUGCCCCCACCGCUACCAUGGGGGGCUUCCGUCCAGCCAUGCCCGGGCAACCCAUGGCAGCCCCAGCCGUGGCCCAGCCUGUGGCCGCCCAGCCUGGACAGUGGGCCCCGGGCAUGCAGAUGGGCGGCACCUUCCCUCAGCAGCCCAUGCAGGGUAUGCCCAUGGCGGGGGGUGUGAUGGGGGGUAGCUUCCCGGCCGCCGUCAGCCAGCCCGGGGCCGCCCCAGCACAGCCCUCACAACCCGCUGCCUUCGACCCAUUCGGUGCCCUGUAACACUGCAGCCGUGCAGCGCUAGAGGCAUAAUACUGGUAGUAACGCGGCAGGGCGCGUCGCCUUCACUACCACCACGUGCGUAAUUAGUGUCGUGGCUUCAUUUUCCAUUAGCCUCGCCCUGCCUGGCACCGGCCGAGCUCUUGGGGCCAGAAGAUAAAUCGUGUGCUAGUAGAUCAGACUGUUUGUUGUUGUCAGGCCAAAAAAAUGAUGCAUGUCUUUAUUUUCCAUUUUCGAGCGUAGCGGCAGUGAUGUUUUGGGGCGAAUCAUCCUGUUUGUUCGUUUGUUUGUUUGUCGUCACGUUUAUUUCCCCCCGGUAGGUCGUAGGUCAUGUUGCAGGCGAGACUAACCACCGCCGCUGUGUGUAUGUGUGUGUGUGUGUGUGUGUGUUUGUGUGUGUGUGUUUGUGUGUGUGUGUGUGUGUGUGUGUGUGUGUGUCGGAUGAUUGAGUGUUUGUGUCGGAUGUUUGCGAUGCCGCCAACAAGGAAGAUGUUACUGCCGUUGGUCUCCACACGACAAUGUCCAGUCAGCAGACACAGCGACAGACACAAGAAACUCAUCAUCUAGGCUUCAACUGUAUAGUAGGAUUUCAUUUUAGUUGUAAGCGGAAGGAAAUUGUAUUAUACUACUAUAUAAAUUGUACAUUCCAUUGUCUACUACAAGCCAAAAGUUGGUUGGACUCUUGGGAAGCAGCGCGUGGAGGAGGCGGAGGAUUUGUUGUUGUUGUUGUUGUAGCAGCACAGUGAGCAGCCUUGUAUUAUAUUUAUUCCCGCCACUGCGAGGCACGCAGGGCAGGACCGGCAGCCACAACCAGGCACCAGGGCUGGGCAGGACACUGCAGGACACCACCACGGCCCCUGGCAGGCUGGGGCGCGCUCACCCCUGGCCAUCUGGCCUCCCCUGGGCCGCUGGGCAGAGCAGAGCUGCUGUCGUCACCGUCUGAAAUGCCCCGGACGCUGCCUUGGGGCGGGUGCCACACGGCCUGGCCGAGAGGGGUGUGGGUUGCCUCUGUAUCUCAGUAUCUAGCAAGUUUUUCAUUAGGUGUACAUAGAGGGAGGGAGCGAGGCGUUGCAGUGAGUGUAGUUGUUACAAAAUGUGUUGUGUGCAUUCCAAGUCUGUGAGACGUGUCAUUGUGCACCUGGCGGCGGGGGGUUGGGGCGGGCUGGGCCCCGGGGUGCCCAGCGGCCGGGGGGAGGAGCAGUGGGGGCUGCUGGGCCGGCCGGGGCGCAGGGCCGCCGCCCCUGCCUGCCUGGCCAGACUGUGAAGUAGUCGUGCAUGUUGAACAUAUCUAACUUAAAUUCGCCAGAUAAUACUCAACCCGCUAGUAACAAAGGUUGGUUGUGUGCACCGAGUCUGCGGCAAAGACCUUGCUUACCCUAGGAACCCCAAUCUUCCCUGUAAGUAGGUCGUACACAGAUGUGGCAUUAUUUCUGGCCCGCCGGGCCGGACGCCAGUGGCCGGCAGCGGCUGGCAUAGUGGUAAGUAUUAUUCCAUAUGUAACAAAGCCUUUAAACUGGAUAUGUUAAAUAUAUAUAAUAUUUAUUCAGUUAUGAUGUGUGAGGAAUUCUCAGGCAAAAUCCACAAGAUGAUGAUUUGAGAGUUGAACAAUUGAUUGUGACUUGUAAAAUGAAAAAAAAUAUAUCCAGGAUCAUUGUAACACGCAAUGUUUCCUUCCCCAUGACGGCCGGUCUGAGAGUGUCUCACAGCUGUGGGGCGGCAGGAGCAGGGCAGGCCCCGGCAGCACACACACACACACACGCAUGCACACAUGCGCACGCACACACACACACACGCACACACACACACACACACACACACACACACACACACACACACACACACACACACACACACACACACACACACACACACACACACACACACACACACACACACAUACACACAGACACACACGUGCCCCCCCCCUGGCCUCGGCGGCAGGCACAAGCCGCCCACAGGUCCCACACACUCACUUAAGCUCGCAGGUUGUGAGGGCUGCUGCCGGGCCGAGUCUGAGCUGAGGCGCGGCCAUCAGCCCCCCCGGUGCCCGGCCUUACAAGCCAGGAGGAGAGACGCCCGGCACCGGGUCCUGCCCUGCCCUGCCCCAACACUGCAUCAUCCUGUAGCAUCAAUGGCAGCCUCAAUGUUGUGGUAGAUGGUUGGGAAUUAAAGAAAUUACUCUACAUAAAUUUGGUUCUGAGAAGGGAAGUUAUUUAUUACUGUUAAAAGACCCAUCAUCACGUAUUAACUAGUGCGAGAUCUGAUCCGGGUGGUGAUCGCAGGUCCUGCCGACUACCACGCCGAGUUCUCACGUGUUGGGAAUGCGACGAGUUUUGGAACAAUUAUGAAUAAAUGUUGAAGAUGGUAA